CUUCAUUGUGUCGAGUAGACAAAAAAAAAUUAACAAUGCUCGUGCUAUUUGUCCUUGUCCUUCGUAUGGAUUGGGGAGGGAGGGAGCCUAAUAAGUUCAUGUUAAGUGCUUGAUUCCUUUUUAUCAUCCGCCCUAUGCCCCUAUCCAUCCUAAGCUAUAUCAUUAUGCUUACCCGCACUACGUCUCCAGCUGGUGCUGGUAAUGUUGGUGCUGGUGGUCCUUUAAGCUGGUUGAUGCGUUGUGUUGAACGUAAUUUCGAUUUCGGCAAACUGUUGAGAAGGUUCCUCAGCCUGCACCGUGUUCAGAGCAAUAAUAGUCCUGCUCUUAGAAACUAUGAACACGUUGUUAAGACGUAUGGUCACGGUGUAAAACAAAAUAGUUUCUUUGUACCCAAGAAGCAUCCAGAUGUGGAUAUACGCAUGCUCGCCAUUUAUGGAGCAGAAAGCACGGCAGAACGAACUACGUGGACAUCGCAUAACGACUCGGGUUACAACGAGUGGGAACCAAAGCAGAACAAUGUGCUAUGGGUCCAUCAAGAACCCUUUGACAAUAAUCUUAUUCGCGAUUACCUGCAAAACGAACAGGAUCCUAGCAUCGCUGAUUUCGUUGACAAAAAUCUCGACUUCAUCACUCAAAACACUCCUUUUGGGAAAUCGGCUGACAGAUUUUGGUCAGGAAUAAUACAGAAACAAGCACACCAAUUGAACAAGGCUCUGAGUCAGCUGGAGAAAAUUGUUCGGUAA